AUGUCAACACCGAAACUCUCUUUACGCGUUUCAACACCUGGAAAAGCGGACGAAGCUACGGGGGAUGUGAUGACUCACGAUGUAUCUUCUGCGCCGGGGAAAGAUAGGGAAAAAGAACCUUUGUAUGGUGGAGAGCUGGCGAAUAUCUCUCAAGGAGUGGGUAUGGUGGUGGAUCCCCCUGCAGGAGAAUCAUCUUCAGCCCCCCAGCAAGAAGACAUCACGGUAGAAACACCAGCCGAAGAACCUGAACGACCUUCAGCUCGUGAUCUUCACGCGUUAGCUACGACCUAUCUUGCCUCUCAAACUCAUCCCCUCAUUAUCCCUUCCUACGCAUCAUGGUUUUCUCUCUCUUCCAUUCACCCGAUAGAACGUCGAUCGUUACCUGAAUUUUUCAGUAGUAGAAAUCGUUCAAAAACCCCAGCGGUCUACAAAGAUUAUCGUGAUUUCAUGAUCAACACAUAUCGUUUAAACCCUGGUGAAUACCUCACCGUCACUGCUUGUCGUCGAAAUUUGGCUGGAGAUGUGGGUGCCAUCAUGCGAGUUCAUGGUUUCCUCGAACAAUGGGGUUUGAUAAAUUAUCAAGUUGAUCCUGAUACUCGUCCUGCUGCUCUUGGUCCUCCUUUCACUGGACAUUUCCGUGUUACACUCGAUACACCUCGUGGAUUGAGUAAUCUUUUACAUGGAGGUACCAAACCUCUUCCCUUGAACCAACAAUCAAGUCAAUCUCAUUCUCAAACAAAUGGUUUAUCUCAUGUUAAUCUCGAUCUGAAGAAAACAAUUUAUCAAUCCUCUUCCCGUCCUUUCAAACCUAUAUCUUCUUCUGAAGCGGCUGUCAUAGCUGCAAAACCUUCAUCACCCAAUAAACCAACUUCGUUCGCUUGCGACACUUGUGGUACCGAUUGCACUAGAUCUCGAUAUCGUUCUCUCAAAGAUGGUGAAUACACCUUAUGUCCUUCAUGUUUCGUCUCUGGUAGAUUCCCAUCCACCAUGUUCUCUGGUGAUUUUGUUCGACUAGAUGACGAGCUUUUCAAACAUACCACAACUGGUGCAGGAUCCGAAUGGUCAGAUCAAGAAACAUUGUUGUUACUCGAAGGUGUGGAGAUGUACGAUGAUGAUUGGCAAGCUGUUGCAGAACACGUCAGGACGAGAUCGAAAGAACAGUGCAUAGCGUAUUUCCUACAAAUGCCUAUUGAAGAUCCUUAUUUGGCUCAAGACGGCGCUCAAUUGGGUCCAUUACGGUAUCAAGCAGGGAUGGGAGCGUUACCUUUUGAAGGUACUGAAAACCCAGUGAUGAGUGUCGUGACUUUCUUAGCUGGAGCUGUUGGACCUGGGAUAGCAGCCGCAGCUGCUCAAAGUGCUCUUGGUGAAUUAUCACAAAAUCUCAAACGUAAACGAGCUGCAGAAGACGUCACUUCGGAUUCUAGACCUGAAAAAACGAAAUCACCAGUGGGAGAAGGAAUCAAGGAAGAAGGUAUGGUGGUGGAUGGAGAAGAAUCUCAACCUAAACCCACUGAACCUACCGACGAAAUGGAAGCCGAGGGAGAAAAGGAAGAGGCUGCGGGUGACGCUCCUUCUAAAUCAGCGGUGGAAAGAGCGGCGGCCAUCGCACUUGGAUCAGCAGCUGCUAAAGCUUCCGCUCUGGUUCAACAUGAAGAAAACCGGAUCGCUUCUUUAGUCUCGCGUUUGGUCGCUGCUCAGGUGAAGAAGGUAGAAUUGAAAUUGAGUAUGGUAGAGCGUCUUGAGAGUGUCUUGGAGGAUGAGAGAAGGUCUGUGGAACAAGCUCGACAGGGUGUUUUCAAAGAAAAAGUGGUUUUAGAAAAACGAUUAGCAGAAGUUGAAGAGAUUUUGAGGAAAGCUAAAGAGGGUGAAAUGGGUAAAACUACGGCUGGUCAAGUGGAAGAGGUUACGAAUGGGACGAAACCGGAUGGAGGAGAGGUGAUCAGGUUGUAA